AGUCACUGGUAAGCUUCCUCAUGUUUUUCUUUAUCCUUGGAGGCACAGAGGAGAGAGCUUCACUCAUCAGCACUGCCACAAUCAGGUGCAGGGUGGAAGGAUGCUUCACGCCAGGCUUCUUUUUCUACUUCUUGUUCUCUGUAUGGCCCGUUCUAGUAUUCAAUACAAGUUGUACAAAGCAGAGUCAAUAUUCAGCUGCCUAAAAGAAGCUCUUGAGGAGGCAAAAAGGAGAAGUUUUGAGGAUAACUCCAUUCUUAGUAAGAGAGGCUAUGAUUUUGAACCAAGAGAACAGCUUUUAUCCCAGCAAGAAGAAGAAGACGAGGAAGAAGACGAGAAAGAGAAAAGAACAUUUCCAGCUGCCCGCUACAGAUACCUGUCACAGGCACAGAUGAAAGGUAAACUCUAUCAGAACAAGGCAAAAAGUGAUCGCCGGACCAAAUUCACUCUUUCAUUGGAUGUGCCCACUAAACUUAUGAAUAUUUUGUUCGACAUUGCCAAGUCUAAAAACAUGAGGGCAAAGGCUGCAGCCAAUGCACAGCUCAUGGCCCAGAUUGGCAGAAGAAAGUAAGACUGGCCUGGCCUUGUGUGGGUGAAGAGGGAGGGUAUAAAAGCUGACACUGGACUGGUGUCAUAGAAUUCCCUUCUGUACACACACAUGGCCGCAUCACAGAACUUUUCUUUGUACAGUGCAUUGCUAUAUUCUAAGUCCUUCAAAGCUGCAUUUAUUUCCCAUAUGUUUAUACCCAAGGGUUGAAGUUUCAAUCCCCCUUUAUCGUUUUUUUUUUUUUAGAUUU